AUGCAGACUCUUGCAGUGAGUGAGCCCUAUCAGCAGACAGUGGGUUCUUCUGGGAGCGAGCCUUCGACUCCAAGAAAGAUCGCCGAUAUAGUUCUCAAGUUGUUGGAUGAGAAGAAGCUACCACUGCGUCAGUUAAUUUGCCCUGAUGCGGUGGAGCUCGGAGGUAAGGUGGCUGAGGCUCUGGCUGCCUCCGACAAGCAGUGGCAGGAAUUGAGUCUUUCUUCGGCCUGA